GUGAAUUUCCAGUUAUUUCCACAGUGAACAGGUGGGGCUGAUUAACCAGGUGCAGUGUGCAACCAGUUAUCAGACAUCCAGAGGCUCCACGUCCCAAACACUGACCGUCCAGGACCUCGACCUAACUUUAAAGCUCGACCAUCUGCCAUCUCGCCCUGAGCUCCAUUCACACUUACUAGUGCGCACUGCACCUCCAUUCACGGACGACAACAGCUGAACUUCAGGAGAAGUCACGGACUGAAAUUUUACUCACAAACCCAGUGCUCAUACCCUGUAAAACUGGUUGAGAGUGAUUGUUUUGAACUGACUUACUAAUCCACCAUGGCACGUGAACAGGACUACUAUACUAUCAUGAAAGGGCUGCAGGAGCUUGAUUUCCAAGGGAAAGCAGUGCCCAGUGAUCUUGUACUAAUAGGGGAAAAAGCCUUUCCACUUGCCAUGAAUCCAAGAGGUCAGGUGCUGAUGGCUGCAUCUCAUUAUGGUCAGGGACGUGUGGUGGUGUUGGGACAUGAGGAAUACCUAACACGCUUCCCUGUCCUGAUAGAGAAUGCCAUAAUGUGGCUCAUGCCACGUACUUGUGAUUCUGGCACUGUAGGGAUUCAGAAGAGUUUACGUUCAGUAGCUGAAAACUUGAACUAUUGCCCUAUCAAGACAGAGCUAGGAGACUUUCGGAAUGGAUUAGCUGUAUAUAUCACAGAUGCUUACAGUGUUGAGAGCUGUGCAAAGGAUCUGAUUGCUUUCAUCAAAGCUGGGGGUGGCUUGAUCAUUGCUGGUCAGGCCUGGCAUUGGGCUGCAACCCACCCACAAGAAAACACUAUAAAGAACUUCCCAGGAAACAAGGUUUGCAGUGUUGCAGGAAUUUACUUCUCGGAACACUGUGGAGAAGUUGGCAUCUUUCCUGUUCCAAGAAACAUCCCUUCUAAUUGGCUUGCUGUAUCUAUAGGAAAGGACUUUAAAGAUGACCUAAAGUUCCUGCUAGAAGGUGUGUCUGAGUUCGACGUCCAAGGUGGAGCUAUAGCGUCUGAGGUGAUGGUGCACGGACCAUUAGCAUUUCCCAUUGCAGUCACUCCAGAUGAAAAAGCAUUCAUUGCUGGUGCCUAUUAUGGGCAAGGUCGAGUAAUUCUGGUGUCACAUGAAGGCUUCAUGGGUCGGGACUCUCUGUCCACUUUCCUGAUCAACGCUAUCAAGUGGCUUGACGAGGGUCGCAAAGGUGUUAUUGGCAUCAUACCCAGCCUACAGGCAACCCACACAGUACUGAGCAAAUCUGGUUUAGAUUGUCAGAUGACUGGUUUCAGAGAAGAUCUAAGCGUCUAUGUUUGCACUUCAUACAGUGAUGCCCAGUGUGCUGAGAUCCAAGAUUUUGUUGCUGAAGGCGGAGGUCUUAUGAUUGGGGGUCAUGCCUGGUAUUGGGCUCAGACCAACUGUGGCUCUAAUGUGAUGACCGAUUAUGCAGGAAAUCGCAUUCUUAAUAAGAUGGGUCUUUGUCUCUUGGGCAACACUUUGUGUGGGGGGUUAUAUAAAUCCCCAGAAAUAGAAAAUAUGUGUAAAGAGGUGUACCACUUUCGUAGCAUGCUACAUCGUUUUGCUAAACAUGUAAGCCUGGGGAAUGAUCUGACAAAUCAUGAACAGAGCUGCUUAAAACAGCUGGGCAAUGACUGUGCCAGUUACCUUCGCAUGAGAUCUCAUGACAGUGCUGCCUAUACUUCAAUGGUAGCACUUCUUAGUGACAUAGUGAAGAAGGUAGGUGUUCCACAAGUGUGUAGUAACUGCCCUGUUCAGAGUGAAAAAGACCACCUGAUGCUCCACAUUGGGACAGAGGUAUACAAAGUGUCUCCUGAUCCUGAUGCCCUUAUUCCAUACAUCAUUAAGGACAGACCUAACUUGCCAACUGUGUCUAAUUCAAGAGUUCGGAUCAGUGCCAACACUGCAGCUUGUGAAGAAUGGAUAAGCACAGGCUUAUAUCUUUCUCCUGGUAUGAAGACGUACAUAGCAGUACCUCCAGAGAUUGUUGGGAAAAAUUGGCAGGUGCAGCUUGGUUGCCAAACAGAUAACAUUGGUGGAUCAAAUGUUCUGAAACGGGCUCCUGUGGUCCAUGAUCGAUUCCCUUUGGACAAAGAGGUGGUCCAAGUCUGCAAUCUAUGGGGUGGGCUCAUCUACCUAAUAGCACCUCCUCAAAGCAAAGUGGAUGGGGUGGAAAUUGUUGUGCAGGUCUCAGUACAGGCUCCAUACUUCAAGUCUGGAGAGACCAGUGUGGCUGACUGGGUGGACAGGAUCCGUCAGGCACCUGCCCCCUGGGCAGAGCUUGAAUUUGAGAACAUCAUCAUAACUUUAGAAUCAGAAUAUAUAAGGAAUCUGGACUGCCCUGAUAAAGUGGCUAAACUUUGGGAUACCAUAAUGAGAAGCAUUGCUGACCUGGCCGCAAGGCCUGGCAAGUUCCCCCGUAAGGAGCGGUUUGUUGCAGAUGUUCAGAUCUCUCACGGUUUCAUGCAUGCUGGAUAUCCCAUCAUGAUGCACUCUACCUCUGCCCCAGAACUAGUAAAUGUACAGGAAGCCUAUAAAAGUGGUUUGUGGGGACCCAUUCACGAGCUGGGUCAUAACCAGCAGUGUGGAGUUUGGGAGUUCCCUCCACACACCACUGAGUGCACUUGUAACCUAUGGUCAGUGUACGUACACGAGGAAGUGCUGGGUUUGAAUAGGUCUAAUGCGCAUCCAGCCAUGACUCUAGAAAACCGCCAGGCUCGUACCACAAUGUAUUGCAGUGGCGGUAAGGAUUUAAACAGCUGGUGUAUGUGGACGGCACUUGAGACUUACAUGCAGCUUCAGGAAAAAUUUGGCUGGGAUUCUUUCAAGAAAGUUUUUACUGCCUACAAUGAUAUGAAUGGAGUGCCAAACGACAAUGCAGGCAAAAUGAAUCUAUAUGCUGAGACCUUCUCCAAAGUGGUCAACCUGAAUCUUUGCCCCUUCUUCAAAGCAUGGGGUUGGCCCAUCCAGACCAGCACACAAGAGAAAAUCUCUCAUCUCCCUGAGUGGAGUGACCAUCCUAUGGUCCAGUAUGCAUAAGAACAUCUUAGAUAGCUGUUUAAAUGUUUUAAUGUUGCUAAUUAGUAAGAAUAUAUAUGCUUAUGUAAUUUGAAAUCAUUAUUGUUCUCAUUUUGCUUAAGAAGAUGAGCAACACUUGUUAUUGGUGGGUAUAGUCUAAGUGGACUAAGGUUAAGCACAACCAGAAAAUGCAUGUUUAAAUCACAGCACAUACUAUACAUAAAUAAUAAAAACUACUUGUAUUACUGUAUGAAGUGCACUUCAAAAGUCAGUUUAACUGUAUGGCAUGGUGUUUUAUAUUGGUGUAUCUCCUUUUCUUAUCCAAGAGAAUAAAUCAUAUAUAUCAUA